AUUCAAGUGUGUAAUUUGAGUUUAACGGUUAAUCUCGCUGUGAAUUGGUUCUAACGCAAGGACACGCACAGAGGACGAGCGAAUUCCCAACUGGCUAGCAAUUGAGCAAUUGUUGAAAUGGAUGCGCUUCGCUUGCGUGGUCCGACCUUUGUACGUUUCAAUGGUGGCCCGGGCCAACCACAACCACAUCCCCAUCCCCAUCCCCAUCCCCAUCCACAGCAGCAGCAACAGCAACAGCCACAUGCACCGGGAUAUGUCGGGCACGGAUUGCAGCAGGAGCCGCUCAUUGUUGUGGAGGAAUCCAAUUUGCCGGAAGAACUAGAGCCGGAGAGUUCGGACACUUUUUCGAAUCGCGCCAGUUUGGAUAUUGAUUCGCCAGUUAAUCCGUAUUUGUUGUCGCCGUGGCGUGAUCCGCGCGAGGCCCGCAAACACUCGUUGCCCUCACAGCAGGUGACCGAUGGCAUCACCGCUAGCCAGGUGCGUCGUCUAUCCGAGCGCGGCGGCGAGGGCUCCGGUCCGACGCCCAAAGAGGCCGCAUUCUUGGCCACGCUUUCGCAGUCGCCAGCUCCGUCGGGCCGUCGGCACUCGGUGGUCACCAUUUCGAAGGUGCCAACUACAUUUUUUGGACGCUCUCGCCGCGAAUCUGUCGCCGCAUAUCCGUCAAACAAUGGCAGCAGCCGAGUGCUGAAUUCGCGACGAGAGAGCAACACAGGACCGCCAUCGACAGACCCCAUUGGCAGCAUUCAUAAUCUGCAGCUGGACAUUAUGGAUGACAUAUAUUUGCAGUCGCGCAAGGCGCGCUUGAAGCUCUGGACAUCGAGCAAUGAGAAGGUGUGCGAGGUGCAGACGGUGGAUGAGGCAGGAGCUGGUGCACCGGGCAAACGCUACACCAAUCGCCGAUACUCCGAGUGCCCACCGGCCGGUGCUGGUGGCGCCAACGUAUAUCGUCGCGCCUCGGAGUAUCCGCAUCCGCCGAGUGUCUCGCCACAGAUGCCGGCAUCGGCACGUGCAUCGACGCGACGCAAGAAGUCCGGCAGUGGAUUGGGUUUGCUUGGCAGUCGCACGGAUUUGGCUGGCAUUUUUAGCUCGCUGACAGGUACGAGCGGUGGCACAGAUCCUGGCCACCGUCCAGAUCCAGAUGGUGGGUCAUCUAGCAGCCAUUCGUCGGCAGCCACUGGCAACAGUGCAACAAGUCCGUUUUUGAGCCAGACAUUCCAGCAGGCGGCACGUGGGCGCACCACCAGCGCCGCACCCACUCCUUGUGCUGGGCAGGGUGGAUCGAGCAUGCUGCUUGAUCCGAACGCUGGCCGCUCCACACGCUCGAACAGUUUUGAUGUGUCCAUAUUGAACAAUGCCAAGCAGCUGGUCACCGAGGCCCAGGACAACAGCUCGGCCGCAAUUUCGGGUUGGUUUGGGAUGAAAACGACUCCAGUUACUCCUCGCAAGAAGAGCGUGCGCAGCAAGAGCAGCGCCAUGGCAUUGUCUAAGGAUAUGUUAGAGCGUCUGCAGAAGAAGGAUCCACUUGGUGGCGAUUCCGGCAAGCCGAAGCUAAAGCCGCGCAGCAAGAAGAAGAGCUGGGCUGAUGCCACCAAAGCGAAUAUUGUGGAUGCCAACAUUUUGGGCACCGCCAUCGAGGGUUUUUUGCGGAAGAGCUCCAAUGCCAGCAUGGCUGGCAGCAGCGGCAAUACCGCCGGCGCCACCACAUCAACUGGCAUCCGUUCGGGUGGUGGCAAGGAUAGCAGCAAGGGCGCCGUGCCCAAGGAGUCGGGCGCCAGUGGCAGCUCCGGUGGUGGGCGACGCUCUCGCCAGUCAGCUGUCAGCUCAGCUGCCAGCUCUGCUCAGUCGCAGGCCGGACGUGCGAUGCGCUCCACGCUCAACUGGUUCAGCAAGGGCGACGAGGAUGAUUCCAAGGAUACGUGUGACGCCUCUUUGUGUGCCACACUUAAGGAUCUCUUUGUUAAGUGAGUUUUCAAUUAAGAAAAGCAAGUAGACGGACAGUGGUGGAUGAUGGAAUCGGGCUGCGACUGACGGAACAACAGUGGGCUACUUGCAUUUCUGAUAGCAACAUUUUCAACACUUUUCACAAUUGUCACGGCAAACACAAAUUGGAUAAACGCGUACAUUUGAAAAUACAAAUACCGGUGAAUUGUGGGGCGAACAUUUUAGAUAAGUUUUUUAACGAUAGCAGAGAAACGAUAACGAUACAAAUUUGUAUUGCAACAUUGCAGGUGAGUUUUGUGAUUAUCGCAGGGCAGGGAAACGUGGCGAAUGAGAGCCGAUUGACAUAUUACCUUCAUAUUGUGAACAAUAUACA